GAAAAAAAUUGUUAAAUUUUGAACUAUUAUUCAGUAGUGCCAACACAAAAAUCUAUAUAUCCCAUAUGAUUCAUCAAAUCUAGUUCUUUUCCUUUUAAGCAGUGUGGAAAGAAUGGCUGCUGGUACUUUAUACACUUAUCCCGAUAAUUUCCGUGCGGCAAAAGCACUGAUUGCUGCCCAAUAUGCGAAAGCAAAUGUCAAAGUGGCACCGAAUUUCGUAUUUGGCGAAACUAACAAGACCAAGGACUUUUUAAAGAAGUUCCCUUCAGGAAAAGUACCUGCCUUCGAAACAUCUGAUGGCAAAUACUUGGAAGAUGGUAACGCAAUUGCUUACUAUGUUGCCAAUGAACAACUCAGAGGCAAAUCUGAAUUUGACAAGGCCCAGAUCCUCCAAUGGAUUGGUUUUGCUGAGGGACAGAUUUUACCACCAGCCUGUGCUUGGGUAUUCCCCAUUUUGGGAAUCCUCCAAAAUUCACCCAGCUCCAAUGAGGCCUUCCAAAGGGCAAAAGAUGAUUUAAAAGCUGCCCUGAGUGUUUUGAACAGCCACCUUCUUACUCGCACUUACUUGGUUGGUGAGCGCAUUACUCUUGCUGACAUUGCUGUAGCUUGCAACCUCCUCCAAGCCUACAAAUACGUCCUCGACCCUGACUACAGGAAGCAAUUUGCCAAUGUUAACAGGUGGUUCAACACCCUGAUUAACCAACCUCAAUUCAAAGCUGUGGUAGGACAAGUCGAACUUUGCAGUAAACCAGCCGUCGCCGGUGCCGCACAAGACAACAAAAAUAAGAAGAAGGAGGAGAAGAAACAGCAAAAGCAACAACAACAACCUAAAAAAGAACAACCUAAGAAGGAAAAAGAACCAGCUGAAGAACUCGAUGCCGCUGAUGCUGCUCUAGCCGCCGAACCCAAGAGCAAGGAUCCAUUCGACGCUAUGCCAAAGGGUACCUUCAACGUCGACGACUUCAAACGUUUCUACUCCAACGAGGAUGAAGCCAAAUCCAUCCCCUACUUCUGGGAAAAGUUUGAUCCUGAACACUACUCCAUUUGGUAUGGAGAAUACAAAUACCCAGAAGAACUUUCUAAGGUGUUCAUGAGCUGUAACCUGAUCACUGGUAUGUUCCAACGUUUGGAUAAAAUGCGCAAACAAGCUUUCGCUUCCGUCUGUCUGUUUGGUGAAGAUAAUAACAGCACCAUCUCUGGUAUCUGGUUCUGGAGGGGCCAAGAUCUCGCCUUCACUUUGAGCCCUGACUGGCAAGUAGACUAUGAAGUUUAUGACUGGAAAAAACUUGAUCCAAAGUCUGAAGAAACUAAAAAAUUAGUUGCCCAAUACUUCUCAUGGACUGGCACAGACAAAGAUGGAAGAAAGUUCAACCAAGGAAAAAUCUUCAAAUAAUUUGUUUAUUUUGAAUUCCGUUAACGUAUACACCAACAAUAUGAUCGACUCCAUGUCCUUGUAAAAAUCAAAGAUACUUGUAAACAUGUUUUUUUAUGUUAUUCUUGUCCUUUUUAUUGUUCCCAUGUUUAUCUUUUAUGUUUGAUUCAAUGGAGUGAAACCUUAUUUAUUUCCAUCCCACAUUGUAUAAUAGAAUGAGGUUAAAAUAUAAUACAUUUCUUUA